AUGGAGAUCUUCGAUUUGACCCAGGACGACUCGCCUGAUGAGCCGGUCCAGUCAGAAGAUGAGGAGAUGGCAUGGGCCAUCAACAUGGUGAUGGAAGUGCAGAACAAUGCACUUGAGGAGGAAGAGGUCUUCUACGACUGCCACAGUGGAGAUGAGGAUGAGCCGCCAAGUACUUCAUCGUUGGAGGAGACAGGGAGCCACGAUGCACGAGCCCAAUGUGAGGACACGGAGUUGGACAUGUUCAGAGUGUGCAUGGUGAAAAGUGUGGCGCCUACAGUCAUUAUGACCCUCGACUCUGGAGCAGAUGUUUCUGUUGCACCUGAGGAGUACUACCAGAUGGGUCAACCAGGACAGCAACGGUCAGUUCAGAUGGUCGAUGCACAAGGAGAGGCCAUCAAAAGUGCUGGGAACCGCAGGUUGAGACUUCAGGCCCACACUCGAAGUGGAGAAAUGGUGGAAUUCGUGGAGCAGUUUGCAUUGGGAGUCGGAGUGACACAUCCAUUGCUAAGCUUUGGUCGACUCCUGAGGCAAGGAUGGGUGCUGUCGCGUGAUCACCAAGGUCUAUGUUUGGAGCACCCUGAGAAGAAGAUGCAGAUCCCGGCCAGGCUCGAAAGGAACUCUCUGGUCAUGGAUGUGAAGGUCUGUGCAAUUCGAGCUGAAGAAGAUGUGGACGAAGAGCAGAAGAAGGAGAUUGAGGCCAUGGCAGCAAACGACAGAGCCCAAGCCAUGAACGAAGGUGAAGAAAGAAAGGAGGAGAAGAAGAUCCCCGAGGAGGCGGAAGCAGAUCGAGGAGUGAAGAGAAGUGCUGAGGAGCAGAUAGAGUUGGAGAGAGUAGCCAAGGAGGAAGACGAGACCUUGGCAGUGAUGAAGGAGCUCUCCGAGCAGGUGGUGACGGAUGAUGAUGUUCAAGUGGAAGAGAACCCCAUGAAGAAGUCAAGACUAAAGGAGAAUGAAGACAUCCCACAACGUUCACCUGGCUACACCACUGAAGAGUCAGGAGGCGAGAUCAUGGUUGAAGGAAGCAGCAGUGAGGAUGGAAGAGUGCAGGAGAAGAUGGCUCGAUGGGAGAAGUGGCGACUGAAGAAGAUUGAAGUCAAGAGCGAGCCAAUGGAGUUGACAGAUAGCCCAAUGGAGGAACUGACGGAGGCCGGACAACACGUGUUCCCUGUUCGAGGAGAAGGGCAUUCAUUGCAGGGCUUCAUUUCAAGAGAGGUAGGCCUAUUGGAGAAGGUGCCGGGAUGGCAUGCUUUGCCAAAUGGGAUAGUGGUGCACUCGAGUCCACAAGCCACCCACUUCCUUGACCCAAGCAUGUCCUUUGGUCCUGAAUGGUGUGGACGCAUGACACUCGUGAAGAAGAAGGACAAUUCAGGUGCUUGGGAGCAGAUCGAAAGCCUAGCGGCAUAUAGGGACACACCAUUGCCUUUCCGAGCCCUACCGGCAGGUCCAAGGUCAGCUUUGACGUUUGUGGCCCCAGGACUGAUUCGGGACUACUUCGUGUUGAACUCAGAGGUCCCAGUGAGCCAGUAUCCACUAUUGAGUGGAGAGCCAUCAUCCUGGCCCGAUGAUGAAAGGGAUGAAGAAGGAGGAGAAUUUCCUAUGCUGGCAGCAGGCAGUGGAGGACGGGCAGAGAUCCUGGAAGAUGUGGAGUUCGUGGAUCCUGACGAGCUGAGAGUGCAGAUCGAUGAAACAUGGUUUGACAAGGAGACAAAGUUGAAAGAUCUUCAGGAGAUCUGCAAGCAGCUCGGAUUGGCCACAUCAGGGUCCAAGACUAAAGUCCUGAGGAGGUUGCAGCGAUUUAAGCAUCAACAGGAGGAGAAGAUGGCAUAUGAAGUUGCACAAAGACUGUUCGCUGAAAGCAGAAGAGAAGCCAUCCCUCUGAAGACACCAAAGUUGCCCUCUCGACAUGAACAAGAAUUGCGCCAGUUGACACAUCUCCCAUUUCAGCCGUGGUGUCAGCAAUGCGUGGCAACAAGAUCGAAAGAGGACCCACGAAUGAAGGAAGAUCAAAGUGACAGGAAAGACAGAGGCCGACCGGUGAUUAGUUUUGACUGUGGGUUCACUUACACGGCCGAUGCGCCAGAAGAGAAGCAAUGGGGCACUGCCUUGUACGUGGCUGAAUCAGAGUCCAAAGCCACGUUGUGCAUUCCCGUACAGGCAAAAGGAAGUGCAUCUUUGAAGCAGGCAGCUGAAGAAGCCACAGGUGAAGAGCAAGUGGAGAAGGAAGCAAAGAUGGUUGGAGAGGAGGUGGCCAUGAGAAUGUACGGACAUGGUCCUAUCACACCAGGUCCUGCUCCAGAAGGCUAUCCAAAGACACCGGCCAGAACGCCUGCAGCUCCAACACCAGCAAGCAAGACACCGGCACUACGAACACCAGUGGUUAUGCCUAUGCCUGCGACACCGGCGCGUUCAGUGCCCAAGACUCCAGCACCAGAGCCGCCAAGAGAAGCCAUGAGUUCAUCCUCAGGUCCAAAGGAGGCACAUCAGAAGGUUCAAGCCGAGGAGAUAGAGGUCCCAAAGCGAAAGAUGGCAAGGUUGCCAAUCCCAGAAGCAAUGCGAGGUGAACCUGCAAGAAACUUCAUGCCAGAAGCAUUGGAUUCUGAAACAAGCCCAAAGAAGCAGAGGUUGGAGGAGAUUGUGGGCAAUCUGGCACCAGUCACCCCGCCAUUGGGCACGAAAAGAGAGUACGCCUUACCCUGGGAUGACGAGGAUGUUGAAAAGAGGAGGAUGAGUCCGAAACGAAGAGUGAACAGCAUCCAAGAAGAUUUUCCAGGUCGAGUUGGAGUGGGGCGUACACGCCACAUUGCAGCUGGUUUGUUGUGGCUUCAACAGAAAGUGGUUGCAAAGGAGUUGAGGAUUACAGGCUUGGUGGAUUCGGCCACUGAUCACCAUGAUCUGUUUGGCAAGCAUUGGGGCCUUGAGCCUGGCACGAAUGGCCAUUGGGGCCAUGAGUUCGUCUUCCAUGAAGAGCCCAUCGAGGAGAAUGAGAAUGAAGGAGCUGUGAAUGUGGUCGCAAGACCGCUUGUGAGAAAUGAGGCAAACACAGAUGAGGUUCAAAGGGCACACCUUUGGCAAAAUGAAGAUGAAGAAAAAGUCAACAUGCAGUGGCAAAUCGUUCGUUUGGAAGUAGCCAUUGCUGAGCAUGAGGAGAAGCUGACAGAUGCCCGACGAGAUCGAGAUCUACAAGCAAGAGAAGUGGUGCGCAUGUACAACAUGUGCUCUGAGCUGCGCUUCGAGCUGGAGAAUGUGAAGGAAGAAAGAGAUGAAGCCAAAAGAAAGGCCAUCAGGUUGGCCGGAACAGAUGAUGAGAAAGCAAUGGAGAUGGAGAGAAUGGCAGAAGACACUGCCAAGGCUUGGGAAGUGGCCGAGCUGUGGAAGAAGAGAUCAAAAGAAACCGAGAACGAAGCAAAGCAGCAGAUGACUGAGUUGCUGCAGAACACACGUUUCACCCUAGAAAGACAACACUGGCACAUGGGAAGGACAAGUACGUGCUACCAUCAUGAAGGAUGUGGGCGCCUGGCCAACAGCGCCACAGUACGAACCAUGAAGCCAUGCACACAUUGCAUUCCAGAUGCUAUAAGGGCGGUGUUAGAUGAGCAGCAAAUUCCUAGAGACACAUAG